CAAAACCAACUAAAUUAAUACUAAUGUUACUCCAUAUAUCUGAUAGAAAUAAGUACUCUAGUGUCAUUUUUAGAAACAUGAAACUUGAGGUUGCUCUUGGUUGUUUCAUGUGUUUUUGAUGGAAAGAUAACAGAUAUUAUUUCCGCUUUGAAAAUGAGCGGCCAAUCACAUUGCUCUCACCUUGUUCCCUCCCACUUGACAUGAUUACAUGAAGGAAAUCUUCCUGCAGUUCAUAAGCAUCUAAAUCAACGACUGUCUGAAGAGGUUUCAUUAAAAUGCUGAUCUUAUUCCAACUGCUGCUGCUGCUCGGAGCGACGCGAAGUGCAUUCGAUCAGAUCUUUCAGACAAAGACUGUUGAUGUCGGACAUGAAGUGAAGUUGACGUGCAGACGCCAGAAGACGGAUUUCACAGCCAUGUUAUUUUGGAUCCGGUUUGUUUCUGGAAACUUGCCUGAAUUCUUGGGAGGAACAUAUUACUAUGAUCACACUGGUGUUAAUAAGACUCCUCACUUUACAGUCAAACAAGAGCCUGGAAGCUUUGUUCUGUACAUUAAUAAAGCAGAGCCGAGUGAUGCUGGAGUUUACUACUGCAUGGAACAACUUAACCUUGACAUGAAAUUAUUGAUUGGAACAUUUCUGAAAAUUACAGGACCAGAACCUGAUAUAACUGCCGUCAUUCAAGCCCGUCCAUCUGACCCGGUCGGUUCAGGAGACUCUGUGACUCUGCAGUGUUCCGUCCUGUCCGGCUCUGACAACCACAAAUGUCCAACAUAUGACAAGCUGUACUGGUUCAGAGCUAAUGAAGCUCAUCCCAGUUUAGUUUAUGUUCAUGACAGUAGUGGUGAUGAAUGCAACAGGAGCCUUGAAGCUCACUCACCCCACAGAUGUGUCUUCAAUUUCUGUAAGAGUUUUAGUUCCUCUGAUUUUGGGACUUAUUACUGCGCUGUGGUCACAUGUGGAGAGAUUUUAUUUGGACGUGGAAUAAAACUGGAGAAUGAAGUGGUCAACAUGUUGAAUGAACAGAAGGCCAAUACAGUUCUGUGUCUGUUAAGUGCUACAUUGGCGAUAAGUCUGAUUGUUGUUGUCGUCCUUUUCAAGAAGAAAACGUGUGAUUGUUGCAAAGCUGGAGUUUCUUUACAAACAGAGGCUGCAGCAGUCGGUGGUAAUCUGCCAAGUCAGCAGAUUCACAAGGACUCACUGGUUUAUUCUACAGCAACCUUCAGCAGGAGGAAGGCUGGCAAAACAACUGGGAGAGGAAAUGUAAAACCUGCAGAUGAAGAAACGGUCUACUCUGAUGUCAGAGCUUAUGCAAUAGAUUAACAAUCCAAACUGUCGACUUUCUUAUUAAAAAGGUAUUAUCAUUCUGCUUGUUGCUCCCUCACUGCUAAACACUCAACUAAAUCACCACUGUUUCUCUGCUCUUGCUCCUGAAUGGUGGAACGAGCUCCCCAUCGACAUCAGGACAGCAGAAAGUUUACACAUCUUCCACCACAAACUAAAACACAUCUCUUCCGACCUUGAAUAAACAAAACUAAAACUUCCCUCUAGCACUUUGUAGUUUGGCUUUCUUGAAGAAAAUGUUACUUUAUGGAUUCUUGUUCUGGAUUCGUACCCUCAUGGUUGAUGCACUUAUUGUAAUUUGAGCUAGAUGAAAUGAAAUGUAAUGUAACUAUGUAUGUAAAAAUUUCUCAAAAUUGUUCAUUUUUCAGGGUCAAUCGUGC